CGUUGCCACGAUCGCCAGACCUUCACCUCACCUGGUCAACACAGCGUCCAAUUGUGCCCAGCAUUGCAUAUAAUCUUCCGCCUCAAUUCCUUCGCGACUUCAACUUCAAUACUGGCUGCAACGCUGCGCGAAUUGACCUGCUCCUGACGCACACGAAUGUUGUAUACGUGGCAGAAGGCACCGUGAAAGUGUGCUCGCAAAAAGAUACAGCUGUUGCCUACCACCUUGCCUACGAGCCACAGCUGAUGUCGUCGACCCUAGAUACAUCCGCUUCCUCUCUGGCCUCAGCUCUGCUCCAUCUGGUGCCUUCGCACGACCAGCUAUUGGAAGUGGACGGUGCCAAGCUUCACAUCAAUCUUGACUACAGUGUAGGAUCCUUUCCGUGGGCACGUCUCUCCUUGAACGGACAAAACUAUCAGGAGGAGCAAGCACCCGUACGACGGAAAAGGCCCUGCACCCCUACGGACACAUCUCCUGGUAUCAUGCAGGGUAACGAGUCUCUCACAACGCCAGUUGCACCGUCUCCUGAUGACUGGACCGCUGGUGGCGCCUCUCAGAUUUCUGAAAAUGUAUGUUCUACCCACAUGGCCUCCAAAGAGGAGCCACAUUUGCGCUUGGCAGGUGGCGUCGACGAAUUCACGAACUGCAAGAGACGCUUUCGAUCACCAUCGUCCCGCUUGCUGGGUCUGACGCCUGUCUUUUCAUCCUUGAACGGCUCGAGUGGAGCUGCAACUCAGCAUGCCAUGUCAUCGCUUCGUGCUUCCACCGUGCCAUCACCCCCGCGAAUCUCUCCAACUUCGGUCCCAGAUGAGCCGUCCUGGUAUUCGUUCGGCACCGAAGCCACAACGCAAGGCGCUUGGAGGGAUCAAUCCGAUUCAUCCUCUCACCUUAGGAUAGGCAGCCGUGACGAUCUCAACCCUGGGUAUCAUCUUCCCUCGCAAUCUCAACAAAGUAAUCUCAGUGGCAUGCACUCACAAUCAUCCUGGCUUGGACUGUACGGUCUAACGGCUCGCAGCUCCACGCCGUCCCUCUUUAAUCGUGAACACGUGGAAGCAGCUUCAGCAGUCCACGGGGUUUCACUACAAAGUGCGCACACAAUCGGACCCUUUCGCAGCAUUCAACCUCCUACAGCUUGCAAGCCAAAGGGCCUGUCAGACACCGAGACCAGCCCUCGCAGCAUGCCCAUCACGGAGCUCACACCUCCUCUCUCCUCGCCUCGACUCUUGUACGGCUCAAUGCAGUCUAGCGUCUCUCUCUCGUCACCCCUUGGGACCAGUGGCUCGAGGCUUGGCAACAGUUUCGUCUAUCCGGAUCCAAUGUCCUUUCAAGCCGCUUCGCAUGGUCGUACGAAGGCUUUUCCAACCAACGAGUCGUCCCAGCAAGUGGCAUAUACAUACGAGAAUACACGCGCAACAGCCAUGGGCCAGCCUUGGACCCUUUCGAACAGCCAAGAUGGUACCGAGCACUCUUCGGCUCCGGUCACACCGACAUUGCAUCAAGCCGACUGCAAGAGCAUGCGUCUGAGGAACAUGCUGAGCCCACGGGACGGCUACGCAAGCGACAUUGACGAGCGGGAUGAUCAUCGCGACUCGGAUUCUGCCAUGACUUCGCCCUACGCUAUCCUAGCCCAGUCUAACGGACAAUCUUACUUUGCUCAUCCAUGGGGAUCAACCCAGCAAAGUCUGCUAGGGUACUCAGACACUUCACCGUCAAAGUCGAUCGGCAGUCUUUCCAAAAGCUCCACCCGCCGCCUUUCGCGUAUGUCAACCGGCCGGCGGGAAUGACCUACAUUGGAAACAACAGCGCGGGAAUGCCCACCUUGUCUCGCGCGCAUACACCUGGAUCUAUCGGAACUGGCAUGGAUAGCGUGGAUGAGCGAGCGCAAGAAUACGGCUCCGCCUCGCAAGUCUCGAGCGCUGGUACGGCUUCGUCAUACUUCGGUGGUCAGUCAUUCGGCAUGUCCGAGGCCACAGCCAUGACAUCACCAGCUGCGUCUGCCAUGUUCUCACAGCAAGACGCCACCGAUAGGGGAGCAGGAGAGCAUUGGUGGAAGGUGGACGAUCCACACGCGGAACUGCGGAAGCUCGUUCCCAAGGAAAAGCGGAAACUCUUGGAGCGUCCCAAGGCCAACUACAUAACGCUC